CGGAAGCGGAAGCGCGGCUCAGAGAAGAAGGAGAGAGAGAGGAAGGAAGAAGGAGAAGGCGGCCUCGUUGGAAGGGAAGCCCAAGAGUUGGGAAGAGGAACGUGAGGAUGGCUGCCUGCCUCUGACGCGUGUUCUGAGGGGGAUCCUGGGUGUUUGUGCCAUCCCUUUGAUGACUCCGGCUAAACGAUGUCCCACGUCCCUUUGGGAAAAGUCCUGCUGCGCAAUGUCAUCCGACACACCGGCGCGCACAACAAGAUCCAAGAAGAGUCAGAAAUGUGGAAAAUACGGGAGAUGGAGAAGCAAAGCAAAGACAUUUAUUGGGGCAAGCAACCGAGAAUGCUGCCGAAAAGUUCCAGGUGGCAGUAUAGAUGUGGCCCACACCUUCUCUGGAGGCGCACAUUCCCCUCGCCACUCUUGCAAUGUCAUUAUUCUGUAAUGACGUACUCAGCACUGCUGCCAUUUUGUUUUAUGUUUUACAGCAAUGGAGAGCGAAACGAACAGAACUCUGUGAACGGGAAAAGAAAACGUCACCUCGGCCAGCAGUCUUCCCUUGAUUUGCCCCCGAGGAAAAAGCCCAAAAAAUCUCACAAGAAGAAGCAGAAAAAGAAGUCCCACAAAAAGCAGAAGAAGAAGAAGCGGAGACGGGAGCAGCCGAGCACGACGCCGGAGUCUUCCUCGGAGUCUGGACCUUCGGAAGGGGAGGGUGGUGCACAAAAACGGGGCCGUCACAAAAGGACCAAGAAGGCCUCGGCCCAGGCUCCGGGCUCUUUCUCAGGACAAGCGGAGAACGACUCUGGCAAAGCCAGCAGCAGCAGCAGCAACCCCUCCAGCAGCUCAGAGGACAGUGGAAUGGAGGAGAAGCAGAAGCAGCGGAAAAAGAAAAAGAGGCGGAAACACCACUCUUCUGUGUCAGAAAGAGGCAGGGAACGGGUGCAGGAGAAGCGCAGCAAGAGGAAGAACUGGAAAGUGGCAGCGGAUGAAAAUUCAGAGGACAGUUCUGAUGAGGACUAGCAGGGACUAUGCUGAGAGAAUAGGCUUUACCCUAAAUUUGCUUUCCUCUUGGAAACAGUAUGGGUUUGCAUUACAGUCCCAUUUGGGUUUCACAAACCUUGGAAACUUGCAGGGGACACAUUUCACGGGGAUCGGAAAGCAAACCAGGACUGCGAUGUUCCCACUCAGGGCCCAUUUUUUCCCACCCCACGGCAUGGUCUGUUCUGCCACAAGAGGAACCCUUAUACGGUAAAGUUAUGAACAUGGUGCAAAAGGGAACAUGGAAAACUUGGGGUUAACGAAGUCCCCAAAUCUAUUUUUUACUGUUCAGUAGGUACAAUCUAAUUGCAAUAAAUAAUGAAGAAGCAA